AUGGUAGCACGAGUGUCAAAAACCAUCGUGAACUGUAAUCUUCGGCAGAUUCAGCCGCGAGCCUUCGCUCAGAACCCUCAUCUGCGUCACAUCAACCUGUCCAAGAACCCCCUGUCCACCCUCUCCUGGCAGCUCUUCCAGAGCCUGCAGCUCAUCGAACUGCGUCUGGAGGGGAUCCUGUUUGACUGCGGCUGUGAGAUCCGCUGGAUCCAGCUGUGGCAGCAGAGGGCCAUCUCCGGCCUGAAUGGCCAGCGGCUCUACUGCAAGCGGGGAGGAGGAGCCAAGAUCCCCCUGCGCUCCAUGCACAUCCCCCACUGUGACUUGCCGGACAUCAGUGUGACCCACAGCAACCUGACGGUGAUGGAGGGUGCCAACGUUACCGUCACCUGCAACGGAUCUGGCGUGCCGCUGCCCGAGGUGGACUGGACCGUCAGCGGCCUGCACUCCAUCAACACACACCAGUCGAACGUCUACCCCAGCAACAUCCACUCCAUCAAUCUCACCCUGUUCAACCUGAGCCGGGAAGACAACGGCUUCACUCUCACCUGCAUCUCGGAGAACGUGGUGGGAAUGACCAACGCCUCCAUCCAUCUUGCCGUGCAGUACCCGCCGGUGAUCCUGAAGCUGGAGGAGCCGGAGCAUCGUCACGAGACGUGUGUGGAGUUUGCGGUGCGCGGGCAGCCCCAGCCCAGCCUGCGCUGGUUCCACAAGGGCAAGGAGAUCCUCACCAGCCCCUACAUCCGCGUGGAGGUGGAGCAGUUCCGCGACUUCCAGGAGGGGUGCCUGAACUUCCGCAACCCCACCCACUACGACAACGGCAACUACACCCUCGUGGUGUCCAACUCGCUCGGCACCGUCAACAAGACCGUGUUCGGACACUUCCUGGAUGCCCCGCCCUUCACUGAGGGAGUGGUCAGUUGUAACUCCUCUGUGGUUCCUGCAGGUACUCCCACGCCGACCAACGAGGUGCCAAACAUCCCCGAGGAGGAUUCCUUUGGGCCUGAGGGGGCGCUUGGAUGGGGGCUGUGGGCACGGCCGCAGGGGGAGGUAGUGUACGUAUCUGUGUUUGGUCCAGUGGCGGUCAUCAGUGGCGAGGAAGACUCCGCUAGCCCUCUUCAUCACGUGAACCACGGCAUCAUCACGCCGUGCGCGCUGGACGCGGGGCCGGACGCAGUGGUCAUCGGAAUGAGCCGCAUCCCCGUGGUGGAGAACCCCCAGUACUUUAGACACGGACACAACUGCAGCAAGCCCACCACCUAUGUGCAGCACAUCAAGCGGCGGGACAUCGUGCUGAAGCGAGAGCUGGGUGAGGGGGCGUUCGGGAAGGUGUUCCUGGCAGAGUGCUACAACUUCAGUCCCAACAAGGACAAGAUGCUGGUAGCUGUCAAGACGCUGAAGGACCCGACGUUGGCGGCCAGGAAGGAUUUCCAGCGGGAGGCGGAGCUACUGACGAACCUCCAGCACGAGCACAUCGUCAAGUUCUACGGCGUGUGUGUGGACGGAGACCCUCUCAUCAUGGUGUUCGAGUACAUGAAGCACGGGGACCUCAAUAAGUUCCUCAGGUCCCAUGGUCCUGACGCCAUGAUCCUGGUGGAUGGUCAGCCCAUGCAGAGCAAUGGUGACCUGGGCCUGUCCCAGAUGCUGCACAUCGCGUCCCAGAUCGCCGCGGGGAUGGUCUACCUGGCCUCCCAGCACUUCGUCCACCGCGACCUGGCCACACGCAACUGCCUGGUGGGCAACGGCCUGCUGGUCAAGAUCGGAGACUUCGGCAUGUCCAGAGACAUCUACAGCAGCGACUACUACAGGGUCGGAGGUCACACCAUGCUGCCCAUCCGCUGGAUGCCCCCCGAGAGCAUCAUGUACAGGAAGUUCACCACGGAGAGCGACGUCUGGAGCUUCGGCGUCAUCAUGUGGGAGAUCUUCACCUACGGCAAGCAGCCCUGGUUCCAGCUCGGCAACAACGAGGUGAUUGAGUGUAUUACUCAGGGCCGUGUUCUGGAGCGGCCGCGGGUGUGUCCUAAGGAGGUGUACGACGUGAUGCUGGGCUGCUGGCAGAGGGAGCCCCAGCAGCGGCUCAACAUCAAGGAGAUCCAGAACAUCCUGUUUGCGCUGGGCAAGGCCACCCCCGUCUACAUGGACAUCCUGGGCUAGUCGAGGACGGAGACGCGCCCGCGAUGGACACACACACACACACACACACACACACAUGCACACACACACCACACGCUCGUGCGCCCGUGUCCGUUUCUGUGUGUGUGUGUGUGUGUGUGUGCGUGUGUGUGUGUGUGUGUCCACACACGCGCGUGCCAACUCAAUCCAGGAAUAACCAAACCAACCUUACUGCUCCACUGUACACACAUGGACAAGCUGGGGACGGACUCAAGUGCCUGCUACUUGCUCUUUUGUUUUGGUUUUCGAUACACUGGACAAAACUAUUUAAAGACAAAAACAAAAUAGAAAAAAAAAGAAUGAAAAAUGAACAAAAAAAAAUACUUUUACAUUUUGUUUACUCUCAUACAAUACACAGUGUACAAAGCUAUUCUACAAACAAAGACAAAAAAGAAAACUUUUUUUUCUCUUUAAAAGCUGAGACAAAUUCUAUAAGGAUAUGGGAAGGUGAUAUAUAUGCUCGGCUGGUUUUUGCAACCAGUUGUUUGUAGGUUGGCAACAACACGUAUGAAGAGUAAGAUUUCCAGUGUUUGAUUUUAUAAAUAUAUAUAAAUAUAUUAUAUAUAUUUUUAUUUAUUUAGUGUUUUAUCGGAGGUACGGAUUUCUGCUGUGUCUGAUGCUAAGACCCGCCCCCUCCCCCUUUUUAAGAUGAGUGCUAUUAGCUGUUAGUCUGGGCUUUCAAAGGAAGGCCUUACUACAAUCCGAUUGGUUGGGGCUUCCCGAGGAACGCCUUACUACAAUCCGAUUGGCCAGAACCAGGCUGCCAGGGAGCUAGACUUUUUUACUUAUGCUGAAUUGAUAUGUCACAAGUCCUAGCAAAGGGUGGGGUGGACCUUCAAUCAGUCAAAAAAUACACAAACAUAAAAAAAAUACACAAACAUAUAUAUUUUACUUGUACUUGAUUGUACAUAUUGUACAUUUAUAUAGGUGUCAAACUAUGUUAACUUAUUUUUUCCUACCCUAGGGCAUUUUAGUUGUUUUGUUUUGGCUAUAUGGUAGGUUAAUACUCUAAAGGCUACUCUAAACGUGUGCGUUCAGGAGGGUGUUUGUGUCAUGUUCUUGUUCAUUUUAGCGCUUCGAUCUGAGCGAGCCGAACACCGUGAAGACUGCGCCACCUCUGGCGUCGGACCCGCGGCUGGAAACGAGAUAAAAAAAAUAAACAAAACAAAAGCGAGAGACGUUUUGGAGCGUGCGCGUGUGUGUCCCGGGAGACUUGCUCCAGCGGGGAGCCCAUGGAGUGUGCCGUGCUGUGCUGGGUGUAAAAACAGUAUUUCUCUGUGUACUUCAUCGUCUCCCGCCACCGUAGCGCACAUGCCAGUCAAGUCCCCGUGAGCGCUGACGACGUGAGGCUUUCAGAUCGCUUGUGCUACCGCAGAAGCGGUUACUCGUGUGGAUGUUCUCGUGGGACUUACACGUCAGCUGCCCCCCCGUCCCCGUCCCCCCCCCCCGUCCCCCGUCCCCCUACAGCUCCGGUGCGCGGAGAGUGGUGCUCCAUCGCUAUGGUUACGAUAGUGUGGCCCAAUGAGAACGUUUGUUGCUGCGGCGAGGCUGUCGUCUUGGCAACGCUCCCACAGGCUCCACUUCUUCUGAAAACUUUACUUCCUGCUUCAAAAACCUUUCAGAAUGUCUUUGGGGUUUUUGUUUGUUUGUUUGUUUGUUUGUUUGUUUGUUUUUUACUUUUUUUGUUGUUCAUUUGUUCUUUGUUUUUUGGCUAAUUGCAAUAUCAGAAACAUUUGCAAAGAAGAUAAACUGUAUAAGACAUUAAAAUGUAUGUAUAGACAACUGUGUGAAAUAAAGACAUCUGGCUUAAA